AUGCAGAGGCUGCACCAGGGCCAGGAGGCGCUCCAGAACCUCGGCGGCGGCGGUGGUGGUGGCGGCGGCAUUGGUGGUGAGAUCCAGAACGCUGUAGGCGGCCUCGGAGGCGGCGGCGGUGGCCAGGGCGUCGGCCAGGACCUCCAGAACCUCGCUGGUGGUCUUGGCGGCGGAGGUGGCGGCCAGCAGGGCGGCGGCGGUAUCGGCAAUGACAUCAAGAACGCUGCCCAGAACUUCCGCUAA